GGGAAUAUGAAAAAUCCAUCUCGCGUUGAAUUAGAGUACGCUCAUACGGAAUACAGAGCUCAAGCCUUGAGACUAGUUACAGUUUACUGCAGUUCGCCGCGAAUUCUGUUUUUAAGGGCAAAGGAUGCGAUCUACUUCUGUUCUGCUCUGGAUGAGUAACUUAACUAACUAGUUAAUUCAAACAUACGCCUGCAAAUUUUCCAACAGAAACAAAGACAACAACAACAACAAAAGCAUACCGAGCAACAAAUUAACCACAUAGCCAUUCUUUAGUCCCUUUGACAACUUAUUAACGGAUAUAUAGUGUGCAGAGACUAUAUUGUUCUUCUUUUUGUUUCCACUGUCCGUGUACUUUCAGCAGAGGACCUUACCUAGGUAUACAUUUACAAUACUCUGUACAACUAAUUCCCAAAUGGCGCCUAAUAAAGCGGCGACCCGGCCAUUCCUCUUCUGGCAACCACCCAGGCCAGGAACUGGUGCCAAACACUCCAAACACUGCAACAACAUGGCUCAUCGCCGGACUCUUAAAUAUCCAUCUAUCUCGAUAUUCUUCUGUGUGCUGCCACGACGUCUCUGCUGAACCAUGUGUCUGUGUUUUAAAUAGCUAGAUCUUAUCCUCCUGGAGGGGCCUUCAUUCAUAAUCAACGGUAUCGCCAUCAAUCCAUCACCCACCCACCCGCCACCACUGCUUUCACCUGCAUAUAUCUAUCCAGCUAUAUUGCUGCCCGCCGAUACCCUCCUGCGAAGCCCAACACUGUCUUGUUCCCUGACCAUCACUAGUGUCGAACAUAUCCUCAUUUUUAAUACAUUAAAUACUAUUCUCGGACAGGUUCGGCGGGCAAGGCCUUGUUGGGUGGCUGUGGAGGGGGCGCCUGGGAAGACCCCUAUGAAUCAAAAAAGUCGCCAAAUAUACAAGCAGCAAUGAGCCAAUUACUGACUCCGCGGCAAGCGGAAGAGCUCCACAAAUCUAUCAUCGCAUACUUCCUCUCCGCCAAGUUACCAAAGAGUGCUGCAGCGUUGCGGGAAGAGAUCGCGGAUAGCGUCCAACUGGACGAUUCCACCGCUAAAAAAUAUGAAGGACUUUUGGAGAAGAAGUGGACAAGUGUAGUGCGGUUACAGAAAAAGAUUAUGGAUCUGGAAGCACGAAAUUCUGCCCUUCAAUCUGAACUUGACUCUGCUACUCCCACAUCUCUCUCCCGAAGGAACCAAGAUCCUGUCUCCUGGCUACCCCGUGCCCCCGCCCGGCAUCGGUUGGAAUCCCACCGCAACCCAGUGACCAGCGUCGCGUUUCAUCCUGUUUUCUCAUCACUUGCAUCAGGGUCCGAAGACACAACUAUUAAAAUAUGGGAUUGGGAGCUGGGUGAGCUUGAGCGCACCAUCAAGGGUCAUACAAGAGCCGUUGUAGAUGUGGAUUAUGGAGGUCCCCAUGGAGGCACUUUGCUGGCCUCAUGCUCAUCAGAUCUCACGAUAAAACUGUGGGAUCCUUCCGACGAAUAUAAGAAUAUCCGCACACUCCCUGGACAUGACCACUCUGUUUCUGCCGUACGAUUUAUCCCGUCAGGCGCAGCUGGCUCCCCCUUAUCAGGAAAUCUGCUGGUCUCCGCUUCGCGUGACAAGACCCUCCGCAUCUGGGAUGUAACCACUGGCUACUGCGUUAGGACGCUGCAUGGGCACGUAGAGUGGGUUCGAGAUGUUGUACCCUCGCCAGAUGGCCGGUUCCUAUUCUCUGCUGGAGACGACCGAGUCGCCCGUCUCUGGGAUGUCUCAUCGGGUGAAACAAAAUCCACAUUCCUAGGCCAUGAACACUUCAUCGAAUGCGUCGCCUUAGCCCCGCCGACCACCUACCCAUAUCUAGCAGCCCUGGCGGGACUUAAAAAACCACCUCCACCCUCCUCAUCUGCCGAAUACGUCGCCACAGGCUCCCGCGACAAAACAAUCCGCGUCUGGGAUUCUCGCGGCACUUUGAUCAAAACCCUCAUCGGGCACGACAACUGGGUCCGGGCCCUCGUUUUCCACCCGGGCGGUAAAUAUCUCCUCUCCGUCAGCGAUGAUAAGACUAUCCGCUGCUGGGAUCUGAGCCAGGAGUUCAAAUGCGUGCGCGUAGUAACGGAUGCGCACGCGUUCGUAACUUGUAUACGGUGGGCGCCGAAUAUUAUUAAAGACGCUGGUGGCAUGGGGGUGAAUGGGGAUAUUAAUGGCGGUGGUUCCCUUGCCUUAUCUGGUGUAAAUGGGAUUAUACCCGGGAGCAAGAAGGAGGAUCCUGGUGGGGGGGCGAAGUUGGGAAUCCGCUGUGUGAUUGCGACGGGGAGUGUAGAUUUGAAUGUGAGGGUGUUUGCGUCAUGAACACCUAGAAACUGACAGCGCCCGUCUCUCGAUACUGAUGAUCGAGAGCGGAGGAACCAUUUUUGAACUAAUUAAACCGACAUGACGAGGGCGAAAGGGGGGGGAGGGGAAGAAAAGAGGCAUUAAAUUAAAUCCGACGACAGAAUGAGACUUAGGGCUUUCCUUUUAUUUUACAUUUUCUAUUUUCUCACGCUUUCUUCUUCUAGUCCCCUUUGCGCUCCAUAUAUACACUCCGCCAUUUCCCAACUCUUCCCCCCCCUCCCUCUCUUCCUUUUUUUUUUUUUUCCUUUGCUCAGCAUUCUUCUGUGUCUUCAAUCGUCAAGCGCAGCCUGCAGCAAAGAGGCGUCUAUCCACUUCUUUCUAUCCAGAUCCAUCCGCCUAUGAAUAUAUCCAAUACAUUUUCCAAUACUAUGUCUUCAAUCUCCCUGUUAAAACUUGAUAACUAAUGAAUCCAAGCUAUCUUCUAAAGCUUUAUUAUGCAGUGAAGUAACACCUACCUCAAUUCCCCACUUCCAAAAGUAUUGGUCGACUGUUUAAGCGGAGCAAGAGUGUCUGACUGUCAUCGGACCGUAGGGGAGGCUCCUAUGUAAUUGAUAACCAUGUCCUCUGUUCCCUGACGAUUAUUCUAGUUAGUUUACUCUGCAACGUUCAUGGCUUGAGAACCAUGUUCAAUAGAUAGAGGAGACGUUGUAGGGGAAACGACGUACAUACAUGUACGGUGGGUUGGUUAUCAUACGAUUUCUUCCCAAACUAUGUAUCUAUGUCUCUCUGCCUUAAUUGAACCCGGGGAAGAAAAGUAGCUUUCAUCUGCUGCGUACAGCUAAAAAAAAAGAAAAGAAAAAGAAAAAGAAAG